CCGGAAAUGGAACCGAGUGAAGCGUCUUCAGGGGAGUAGACGAUCUUUGUUACAAACAUGGCAGCGCGCAUGUGAAUGUCAUGCCAGCUUAAUCUACUCCCUGAAUCGGUUCAUGUUUGGGUAGGAUUAGUGAGUCAUUAAAGCUGACAGGUAAAUGACAUCUUGCGGAAUUGUGUUGUAAUUCACUUUAGACAACAAAGGUUCGGGAAACCUGAAUUCAUUAGCUGGCCAGCUCUCCAUGUUAGCAUUUUAGCUAACGUUAACCAGCAGUCAACUUCAGACGGAAUCACGAUGGAUCCUGACCAACAAAUUAGAAAUCUGCGGGAUUUCCUUUUGGUUUACAACCGUAUGACUGAAAUCUGCUUCCAGCGAUGCAGCAGCAACUUCAACUACAGAAACCUCACCAUGGACGAGGAGCGCUGUGUAGACAGCUGUGCGGGAAAGCUGAUUCGCUCUAACCACCGCCUGAUGAACACCUACGUGCAGCUGAUGCCUCGGAUGGUGCAGCGUCGGAUGGAGGAGAUGGAGAGCAAGGCGGCAGAAAAUGCCACGGCAGCAGAGGCAGCUGCAGCUGCUGCUGCAUAUGUGGAGCCUCCGGCCACAGAGGCGUCACCAGCGUCUCAAACCCCCAUCACCUUAUCUCCGCCCCCAGAAGUACCUUCACUGUUGGAUCAACCUUUUACCUCAAUGACCAUCGAUGAUGUCGGAACAGGUGCCCAUGGCUCAGUCUUAAAGCCAGCAGGAUUGGAUUUUCCAGUUGAGUUUGACGCUGCUCUGUCCAAAUCCAUAAGCUCCACAGAAGUCAAAUUAUCAGCAGCCACACCCCUCACACCUGCGAUUGAGACAGUGAAUCUAUCUGUGCUUAAUGAAGCUAGCAAUGGACCAUCUUAUACAGCAAGCUUUCCUAUGCCGCCAAUAGCUGGUGCCCAAAUUGAGUCUGAUUUCUCAGCGCCUGUGUUUAUGCCAUCUAAACCAAUAUCCUUAUCAGGAGAUGUUCCUGUGUCAACAGUAGGUGAACCCACAGUGUCUAAAUCCAUUGAGAGCCUGUCGGGCCAAGUGAGAGCCCCAGAGGUUCCCCCGCCGUCAGGCCAGUAAUGGCGGUCUGUCUCAGGUGGUCAAACUGCAUUAUGGCCCUGACUCCCAUGAUGAGUAACUCGUCACUGGCAGUCCCAAAUGUGAUAUUCUCUGUAUUGCUGAAAAGAAUAGUUGAUUAAUAGAUUUACAUAAAUUAUUGACUAUAUCAAAUUUUCAACAACUAUUCUACAUGAUAUCAUUUAUUAAAACAUUUUCUGGCUACAGUUAUACUUUUCUGUUUUCAUAUUGUGAAUUAAUAAUCUUUUUUACUUUUUGUUUCACAACAUUAGCAACUUGAAGUUAAGACAAUUGCAGCUAAAUUGCAGCUCUCGUGCCCUUUGACCUAUGAGGAAAAUAACACGAACCCCUUAUGGUAAGAAAACAUAGUCAAGCAUGUCCUUCAUGAUAAUAUUGAUUUAUUUCAAUAUAUAUAUUAUAGUAACUUCUGACAGUAUUGCAAACUAUCAGAUAUGUUAACAAAAACCAAUAUGCAGACUUUACAAAUCGUAGGCGUCAACGCUUAGUGGUAAGAGGAAAACACACAAAGGAAGUUGUAACAGUGUAUACAAGUGUAUGUAUGUGCAAUGUGAUUUGAAAAAUUGUUUUAGUAAUGGCAGUGAUGUUGCAGUUCAAAGCUCCACAAGGAUCAAACCGCAGCCUGGAUAGUGGAGGCAAGAUCAUAUUUGGACUUCAUUCUGGACUUUCAGCAGCAAGGAACACACUCGGUCAUGAUUGUUCUGGACGAGUACACAGUAAAUGCAGAAAAAAAGAUGGUCUUCAAUAAAAAAAAUAAUAUUCAUUUUAAAUGUUAUCUUUAUUUUCAAGGUUCAAGACAGUCUAUUGUAUUUGUUGUUUGAUAACAUUAAAGGCCCUCCAGCUGCCCGGAUGCCGUAACGCAGCAGUGGGUCGGGGCGUAUUCCACAUGCUC